AUGGGAUGCUGGCCAAUAUCCAGCCGGCUGAUCAGUAUCCGCCUAAGGGCAACCCCCUUCAACAUCACCAUCAUACAGGCGUAUGCUCCAACAACUGACUACAGUGACGAAGUCGUAGAGUUUUUUUGCGAACAGCUGCAGGAAGUCAUAAACCAGACUCCAAAGAAACACAUCCUUGUGGUGCAAGGCGACUGGAAUGCCACAGUAGGAGAAGAUGCCUACAAGAGCUGGAAAGGCAAAUUUGGACAACACUGCAACAUUAAGUCCAACGAGAGGGGCUUGAGGCUCUUGGUAUGUGCCAGUAACAAUGAACUCAUGCUGACAAAUAAGUCUGGCUCGCACAAACCAUCAAGAAGACAAAUAUACUACAUCAUGAUGAAAAAGCGCUUCCGCUCCGGUGUAAACGUAACCAAGACACGGAGCUUCCCAGGUUCCGACAUUGGAAGCGACCAAGAGCUUGUUCUAAAGACAUUCAAGCUACACCUGAAGACAGCCAACAAACUGGGCCCCACAAGAAACAAAUUUGACCUCGAAAGACUGACAGACCCAGAGGUAGCAAAAGCCUUCCAAGCACAAAUUGGAGGGAAAUUUGCUGCGCUUACCAUUCUAGACGCUGUCGACACAGACACAGACACGUUGAUUGACACCGUCAACACAGCGGUGACUGAAACGGCCAGUGAGAUCCUUGGAAAACACCGCUCAGUAAAAAAAACCUGGGUCACAGCCGAUGUACUCAAUCUUUGCGACAAACGGAGAGACCUGAAGAAGAUAAAGAACGACACAGAAGGCGCAAAUCAUCACAAAUCAGUCAACCAUGAAAUCAAGAAAAGCAUGAAAAGAGCCAAGGAGAACUGGAUUGAAGAACAGUGCCAGGACAUUGAUGAUAGCCUGAAAAAAAAACAGCAAAAGAGACUACCAACUGGUGAAAGAUCUGACCAGCACAAAGCAAGGGCGAACCACCACAAUACAAGACAAAGACGAAAAGUGUCUGACGGAGAAACAAGACAUCUUAAAGAGGUCGACAUAAUACUGCUCAGAACUCUACAACUACAGAACCACGGGAGACCCAGAGGUACCGAAUGUCCCUUCAGCAACCAACAACGACGACACCCCAUCCUUCGUGUAGAAGUUGAAGCAAUUAAAUCGCUGAAGAAGGGGAAGUCAGCAUGGACAAUAUUCCAGGAGAGCUGGUACAGGCAGGGGGGAAGAGAUAAUCAGUGCUUUACUGACCAUCUGCAACAAGAUCUGGCAGACGGGGGAGUGGCCCACACCGUGGACAUAGUCUCUUAUCAUCAUCCUCCCAAAGAAAGGCACUUACAGCUAUGUCAGAACUGCAUAACUAUCAGCCUCAUCAGCCAACCGAGCAAAGUUAUGCUGAAAAUCUUAUUGAACAUUUAUGACGUCGACAUGGAAAAUGAAAAGAGGCAAAACAUAUCGAUCUUAACCAACAGACCGAGAGAAAUACAACAAGACUAA